AUGGUGCGAUACUUCGGGCAAGCCCUGUGGGCUUUAUGUAUGCUUGUGACUGUCGCUCAGGCCCAAUUCAACUUCUUUGACCACAUGUUUGGAGGAAACCAGCAACAGCAACGCCACCAAGGCGGAUCUGGAAAUGCCCCAAGUGAUAGCGGACGAUACCAGCAUAUGUGGGCUCAAGCUCAAUGCAGUAACUACCUUUGCCCCGGAACCCUCGCAUGUGUCCAUUUUCCACACCAUUGCCCUUGCCCACACCCAGAUGUGGAAGAAAAAGUUGAGCUAGGAGAGGGAAGCGCCAUCUGUGUGUCUAAAGGUGGCUUCAAAGCUGGCGAGGCAGCCCGGAAGAUUGAACUGGCCAGGAAAGGAUUGCUCUGA